UUGGUUUCGAUAAAAGCAAACAAAAAUAAAGCUGGACCAGACAAGACUUUCAAAGAAAACAUCUGAAAAUUUCUCAACAGACCAGUUUGUAGGUGUGGUUAGGUCUUUUUAGCCUCCUGAGUAUUUCCUCGCACAAGACAGGAUGGACAGGGUCAUUACAGUUUCUCCCCAAGUCUUUAAAGCAAUCCAAGAACUGGACGUGAAAGCGAUUUCAGCGUGUUCUGCAGCCGCAAUACGACCCAUUCUGCCAACCUUGUCUCGGAUCAGCCUUCUUCCUCUUCAGGACACGUCUAAAAAACGUGUCGAUGAAAGAAUCAAAAUUUUGGCCGCGCUCAGUGGAAUUGAGGCAGUGAAUGCCAUAGUAGCAUGGCUCUCCAUAGAUUUCCACGCUCUGGAAAUAGACGUCAGAAGAGAGCUGCAAAUUAGAUUCAGAUCCCAUCCAGGCAGCAAUGAAAGUGCUAUGGCUCAGCCGACUGGCUUGUCAUUUGAAUUCGAAAGAGGUGACAAUUUCCAAAGCAUGAGACUGGUUCUCUUUGAACUCUUCCGCAUAGAAUACCAAGCUAAUGAAAGAAGAGAGCAAGGAGUUAUAUACUCAGAGCUAUUUGACCCCCCUGUGUACCAAGAAAAGAUUUGCGACAUUUUGAGCAUCGCUUUGGCUGAGCUUCCAGCAUUACUAAACAUAACUGAAGUGGCGGAAUACUUGCUGCACGUUCGUUUUGGUCCCUGGAUCAUCUGCAGACUUGUAGCAAACAUGCCAGAUUCUUUCAGAGAAGUGUGCACAUCUUUGAUAGCAACAGGGGACAAGCAAGAGGAUGAAAACCCUGGUUUUCAGGCACGAAUGAAAGCAUUGAGACUGCUGUGCCAAAUGAAUCCUAGCCAGGCCCUUGAUGUUAGAGAUAAAUGCGUUGAAUUGGGUCGGAUGCCAGCGCUUGCGAUACUGCUCACCAUGCCAGAGCCAGGCCAAGAUGGCUCCGACAUAGUCGCAUUUGUAUCUGGACUCCUAAUAAGCAAUGACCCAAACUCCAAGUGGUUCUCUCACUUUGUCAGAAACAGCCAGAAGAGGAAACAGGAGUCGCACACAGCGCUUGUAGCUCUCCGAGCUGAACUCACAAGACAACUGGAGGCGUUAGUGCCUUCAGGCGGUCAGCUGGAAGCUUCAAAAGUUGCACAGGCUUCUGUAAUGCUAAGGUUAUUUUGUGCUCUGAGAGGAAUUGCUGGGAUCAAAUUCCAAGACGAGGAGGUGACGCUUAUAGUGAAGCUUGUUACAAGCCACCCACCACCCUCUGUAGCCGGAGUGCACUUUGUGUCACUUGGCCUUUGCAUGUUAAUCGCUUGUCCCUCUUUGAUUCAACCAGAGCACGAGAAAAAAUCAGUGGAUUGGGUGAAGUGGCUUGUCCAAGAGGAAGCCUAUUUUGAAAGUGCGAGUGGAGUUAAAGCGUCCUUUGGUGAGAUGCUUUUGCUGAUGGCUAUCCACUUCCACUCCAACCAGCUGUCAGCAGUUUGCGACUUGGUCUGCUCGACCCUGGGAAUGAAAAUCAACAUCAGGCCAAACAACCUGAAUAAAAUUAGGGGAAUCUUCGUGAAUGAUAUUUUCACUGAACAAGUUGUCACCGCUCAUGCAGUCAAAGUACCAGUUACUGCAAAUUUAUCUGGACAAACGUCGGGUUUCCUCCCUGUGCACUGCAUUUACCAAUUGUUGAAAAGCAGAGCUUUCUCCAAACACAGGGUUCCAAUCAAAGACUGGAUCUACAGGCAAAUUUGCUUCAGCGAUUCUCCCCUGCAUCCUGUCCUCCCAUCCCUCGUGGAGGUGUAUGUCGGUUCGAUUUUGGUGCCAGCUAACAAGGCUCUGGACCAACAAACCCACACCACAAACGAACCCAUCUCAGAGGCUGAAAUUAAAAGAGUUUUCAACGCGUCAACAUUCCAGUCUGGCUCAAAGGAAUCACAACCCUCGCUAACAUCGCAGUUGCUCCUGCUCUACUACGUCCUUCACUAUGAAGACCUGAGGCUUUCUUCUCAACACAGAAAUGCUAAGGCAUACUCCUCGGAAUUCCUAGCGCAACUGCCCAUCAAGUACCUUCUGCAGCAAGCACAGCGAGAGCAGCAAAACCUGGGAGGAUUGUUUGCUCCCCUUCUCAAACUGCUGGCCACGCAUUUCCCCCACCUUUCCUUGGUCAACGACUGGUUUGAGACUGAGCCACCCUCGCUUGGCACAACCAUUUCCAACCUGCCCCUUAACUCUGAUGACAUUCUUAAAGCUUUGGUCGAAGUGUCGGCCCAUCCUUUGAGAACGAUCCAGGUUCUUCAGAGGUUGGCAGACAUGCCCCCGACAGAGGCUUGGAGCCACGCUGAGAUGAUCACAUCACAGUUCAAGGCGAUUUUGGGAUAUGAUGUCCCUCGUCAAGUUCAAGAACUGUAUCAAAGGGUUUGGCUACGACUGAACACGGUUCUUCCCAGGAGUUUGUGGGUGAUGACUGUUAAUGCCCUUCUGCUGCCUGAGCCAGGUCAUGACACUCUCAUGGUGCCGCUCACUCAAGAAGACGUCGUGCUAGAUCCUCUGCAGGUAUUACGUUGCGACGAAAGAGUGUUUCGAUGCGCACCUGCUUUGAGUGUGGUGCUGAGAGUUUUGCAAGCUGGGCUUGCCGCGUCAAGAUCGCACCUGGCGCGGCAGUUGCAGGACUUGCAGGUGGCUGGAACAGCCGAAGAAAGAGAGAUGAAAGAAAGGCACGAUCUGAGGAUCGCUUUGACUGCCUCUCAAGAGUCUGCGGCUAUUCAGGUCCUGCUGGAAACCUGCUUGGAGAAUAAGCAGGAUAAGGAAAAACCAGGCGAGAACUGGGCACUCAGGGAGUGUAGAGGUGUCGUGUGCAGCUACCUGCAUCAAGCGUUCAUAGCCGACACAAAUCUAGCCAAGCUGGUGCAUUUCCAAGGCUAUCCGAUGGAAUUGCUCCCUGUGACCGUGGCAGGAAUCCCUUCAAUGCACAUUUGUCUUGACUACCUACCUGAAAUGCUAAGCCAACCGGAGACUGAAAAGCAGAUUUUCGCUGUCAACCUGGCGUCUCAUCUCAGCCUGCAGUUCGCGAUGCCCAAAUCCUUGUCUAUCGCCAAACUCUGCAUCACGGUGCUUUCGGCACUGUUGAAUAUUCUGCCCAGCACGUCCAGGGCGCAAUUCUAUGCACAGACGCUAGGCGCCCUGGUCAGAUUCAGCCAGGCUUUCCCACCUCUGAUGGAAGAAAUUAUGAAUUUCCUGCAGCAACUGGGGCGAGUGGAAAUUUCGCAAGGUGCUCUGACGGGACAUUCUUGCAAGAGAGGACCUGGCCGAUCUGCUGUAGUGCCGCAAGACAAUUUCUGUUUGUGUCAGGAGAUUGAGGACACAUUUGAACAGAUAAUGGGAAAAGCUGUACUCAGCUCUACUAUCUAUUGAGAUCAUGGAUUAAUUUUAUACAGUGUGUUUAUUUAUCUGAUGGUUCAUCCAAUAAAUUGAAAAAGUAUAAGUUUCUUUACAAAAAA